UUCUGAUUCUGAGUAUUCUCGAUUUCAGCUCCGGCUCCACAGUACGAUUAUUCACGCAUCGUUCGUGCGAUGCUGAUGCACUUGACCAUUUGACAGUGGCGAAUGUUUAAAAAGCGCGGCGAAAGUCAAAGAGGAGAUACGCAAGACAGCUAAAGCAACACGACAGAUUUGAAACAGAUGGGUUUCGUAAUCGCAUAACCUCAUUAUAAGUAAACGCAAUGUGCCAAUGAACCAGCCGUUAUCGAGAUCGAUACAUCGACAAUAUGCGAAUGACUGAACUUAAGACUGCUGUCAUUGAACUUUAUAUGCGACAUUGUAUAAUACUGUAAAUCACAAAAAUGUUACGGCGAAACAGGUUGAAACAUAGAAUAAUAUCCAUCGCCCUCAUAGUCGCAGCGACGAUAUUUUACAAUGAAUAUCUGGUAUACGAAGUACAGAAAUUCAAAUGGGCCAUGCGCGAGUGCUCAGCCUGCGUCAAGAUCUUACUUGUCGCGGAUCCGCAAAUUCUUGGAGAAAGGAGUGAGAAUUAUUUCGGCUCAUGGUUAGCUAGAUGGGACAGUGAUAGGUACUUAGAAAAGACUUUCUCAAGAGCGUUAAAGUAUUCUCAGCCGCAUGUUAUCGCCUUCCUUGGUGAUCUCAUGGACGAAGGUCACAUAGCUAAUGCAGAGAAUUUUGAGAGAUACAAAAGAAGAUUGGAUUCUAUAUUCUCCAUGCCAGACGAUAUAAUGAAAAUCUAUCUGCCAGGCGAUAAUGACAUCGGAGGCGAGGAUGAUCUUGUUUCUCCCCAUAUUCACAACAGAUUCAAUUUCGCGUACACUCAGCCGGACACGUUGGUUUACAAGACUGUCACUUUCUUCAAGGUGAACAGAUUGACGCGUACGAUGCCGGAGGCGCCGAAGGAUGCUUUCCUCAACGAUUAUGCCGAGAGGAAUACGACCAAUGUUAUUCUUAGCCACAUGCCGUUAUUGUUCGUACCUGGCAGCUUCGUGCAAAAUGUACUCAAAGAGCUAUCGCCGCAAGUAAUCUUCACCGCUCACGAGCACAAAGCGAUGCACGUGAGUCUGGACACGGCGACCGAUCAGUUAAGUGAGAUCGGGAUCCUCCCGCCGCACGAAACGCCCUUGUAUCAGCUGCGGAUGGACGUAGGGGACAUUCAUGAAGUACAAAUACCGACAUGCUCUUACAGAAUGGGUACACCGCACAUGGGUUACGGGCUGGCAUAUAUCGAUACUCAGGAGAAAACCUUGGAGUUCACGAUCCUCUGGCUACCGAGCAGAUUCCCGCAGCUGUGCGCUUACGCGUUCAUCGUCGUGCUGAUCGUCUUAAUUGCCGCUUGCACUUUCAUCUCGGGCUACUGCUCGAAGAGCUACGCGACUUAUAAUCGUAUACCUUCCGUAUAGGGUAGCGUACAAUCAAAAAGUACUUAUAUUACGCUUAAACAGUGAGUUAACUUGACGUCGCAAAUUAGGUACAAAGAUCCGUCCAAGAGAUGACGACUCCUCUCUAGCGUCUCUGUGUCAAGUCCGCAGGGAGAUUCCGAAUGGGAUUAUGAUACAGACAGUUAUCCGUUAGUCACACCGCGUUAGAAUAAAUACGGUCACCAGGUGCUAGAUUUCGAUAAGACUUAUUGUAUUAUUAAUAUUAAUUAAUAUUAUUAAUAUUAUAUGAGCAUACUCGUAAUCUCAAUUCUCAAGAGAGAGAGAGAGAGAGAGAGAGAGAGAGAGAGAAAAGAAUCAUGAAUAUCGAAAGAAUCACGAAGCAUUCGCCCAAGAAAGAAAAUUUUCUACAGUUACUUACGUUACUUUGUCUUGAUCUCGCUUACUAUAAUCACUGCUGUGACUAGAAACCUAAUGCCAAAUCUGCGAUACAUUUUGUUAGUGAGCACUUCAGCGCUGAUCUUAAACACAUGAUAUUUUAAUCACUGAUUCAAGUCAGUUUCUGAUUUAACACAUUUUCUGAUAUAAUCAUCAAUACAUUAGCCACAGAAAAUCUGAAUAGAACAAAGCGGAGAUCAUUUUCUUAUAUAGAAAUAGGUUUAAGGUAGUACGCCUGGUGUCCUGUAUUUUAAUUUUUUUAUUUCCAGUUUUAUUUUUUUAUAUUCUUUUUUAACACUUCAAACGGUAGUUUCGUUUCAUUUAAAUAUAAAACUGGUACUGGCGAAGAGCACCGUGUAUUAUGUGUACAUAAUAUUGUUCGUUCGAAUCUUGAUGUUCUGUUUGUAAGAUCUCUAUACGGACGUAAUUGCCAAACUUCAGUGUGGCUCUCAUGAACCAUCGUUGUUCGAUUAAACAAUCUGCUUGGUGUGAAUGGUUUGAAGAGAUUAUUAUUAUUAUUAUUAUUAUUAUUAUUAUUGUUGUUAUUAUUAUUAUUCGAACUGUGACGAUAACGUCGAUCACAGAUAACCCGCCGAUUGUACUUGCUUUUAAUUCGACGAGAGAUUUAUCGUACGACGUUAUAAGUAUAGAGAAUUAUAAGAAAGAAUUGUUGAGAAAGUGAGAGAGCUUAUUUCAGAUAGGUCAAUUUAUAUUUCUUCGCCGACCUGUAUAUAUAUCUUUGCCUGAAAUAAAUGUUAAAU